AUGGAGUCCAGCAUGUACAACAACCUGCGGAAGCUCAUCACCGUGAUCGACGAGCUUAGGGACAUCGGGCUGCAGAAGUACAUCAAUCUGCCACGUAUAUGUGUGGUGGGUACGCAGAGCAGUGGAAAGAGCAGUGUACUGGAAUCGAUUGUGGGGCUGGACUUCCUCCCCAGAGGAGAAGGUAUAGUUACCAGGAGGCCCAUAGAAUUCAGGCUCAUACACAUAAAGGAAGAUAGCGAAAUUAAGCACUGGGCUGUGUUCGAAGAUGACAAAAAUAAAAAGUUCACCGACUUUAACAAAGUCAGAGAACACAUAAACAAUUUAACUGAUGAACUAGCUGGAAAAAAUAAAGGUAUAAUAGACGAGCCCAUUGUCCUGAAUAUUUACUCAACUAGCUGUCCGGACUUAUCCCUAAUAGAUCUUCCAGGAAUCACAAGAGUACCUCUUAAAAAUUCUGACCAGACAGAUGAUAUAGAAAGGCUAACCAGAGAAAUGGCAUUUCGUUAUGUAAAAGACCCCAGGACAAUUAUCCUCGCCGUAUUACCAGCUAAUGCAGAUAUGUCCACAAGUGAUGCGUUACAAAUAGCACGCAAAGUAGAUCCAAAAGGGUUAAGAACAAUAGGAGUAAUUACCAAAAUUGAUUUAAUGGACAAAGGAGUAGAUGCAAGUAAAAUGUUAAUGAAUGAUGAAAUCACACUCAGGUUAGGUUAUACAGGAGUGGUCAAUCGAUCCACAGCAGAUAUUAAAAGUGGAAAGUCAAUAGCUCAAUCGCUAAAAGAUGAAUUACAAUUUUUUCAAUCACAUCCAGUAUACAAAAAAUUACCUCCAACACUCUACGGAACAACAUCACUCACAGAUAAACUAACCAAAGUACUCCUCAGACACAUAAAGAAUUUCCUCCCAGAUAUUAAGAUAGAAAUAAAUGAAAAAAUUAGAGUCAUAAAUGAUAAGCUGUACGAACUAGGUACCCAUGUUCCCCUCGACGCAACAAAAAAAACACAACUCUUAUGGUCCAUGAUUACAGAUUAUUGUGAAAUAUUUAAAAACACCUUAAAGGGGAAAUAUGAUAAGAGGUUACAAGUCUUUAUUGAAAAUAAUGACAUCAUUUGUGGACUCAAAGUUAGAACCAUUUUUAAUGAGUUCCUCGACGAGUACGUAGGGAAAAAUGUAACAAGCGAAUUGAGUGAUAAUGAUAUUGAUGAUGCGAUUUGUUUACAUGAAGGGGAUAGUUUACCAGGGUUCCCCUCCCCCGAUACUUUUGAAUUUUUAAUCCUACCACAUUUGAAAAAAAUUAAUGCACCUGUAUUUAACUGCCUAGAUAAAGUCAGUCAGACGUUAGAAAUUCUGUCACAAAAAAUUGCAAAUCGAGUACUAGUAAGAUUUCCAGCAUUAUCUGAACAGGUGCUCGACUUGUCGCAGACAAUUCUCCUCAGGGAAAAAGAAAACACACAUAAUAUACUCGAAAAUUUUAUAGAUGCAGAAACCAAUUAUCUUUUCACAAAUGAUGCUUCCUACCUAAUUGAACAUGGAAGUAUAAUUAAUGCAAAUGAAGAUGAAAAUAAUAAUGACAGUGGUAACCAAGACUUUAAUUCUCACCAGAGAGCACAAAAUAAAAGACAACAGUCAAAUAUCUCCAACUCAAAUGUAGAAAAUAAUAAUAUGCAAAAUAAAUACUACUCCAAUAUGAUGAGUGAACAGGAAUAUAUCACUGGGAAAGCUGCCAAAUUUGUUAGCACAGCUCAAAAGUCAGUUAUGAAUAUGUGGAAUUCAAAGGACAAAAAAAAAACAAGAUAUAAUGCUCAAUUUAUUCAAGAAAUUAGACGAAGACUAGAUUGCUACUUCAACAUUGUAUUACGAAAUGUCAGAGAUAGUGUACCCAAAAUUAUAGGUUAUUUCCUUAUUAGAAAACUGCAAGAAAAAAUGCAAUUCGAACUCUACUCAGAUUUAAACAGUGAACAAAAACUGUAUGACCUUUUAAACGAACCUGCUCAUGUUGUUAAAGAAAGGGAACACCUCAACAAACAGCUGGAAAUUCUCAAAAAAGCAAAUCAGGUGCUCCAGAAGGAUCCUAAUAUCACCUCCAUCAAUUUGGACCUCUUCGACGCAAAUUAUGAACAGGACUUGAUGGAAUUCCAAAAGGCCUUAAAAACAGGCAACGCACAAUCUGUUACACAGGGCUACAAGCAAAACCUCAGCUCCCCACAGGGCAGCAUGCACAGCUUGGGCGACGGACCCUCCAUGAGGUAUGCACUACGUGCAUAA